AUGGCUGCCUCGGUUCUUCACGCGGCGGGCCCCCCGCUAGCUCCAGGAAUGGACUUCGGAAAACUUACAUACAGCGAUCCCAAGGAACAAGAAUUCGACUCACUUGCCUCGAAAGUCCUUGAGACCAUCAAAGGCAAAUUCUCGGCUUUGGGCGAGGCCGAUACAUUGGCGGAACUCAUCGUGACUGACAAGAUGCCCCGUGGCGAGCUCACGAAGACCAUCUACAUUGAUGCUCGGCCAACCGGCACUCGUCUGCUUGAGCUCCCACCUCCCGGAAAGAGCGUAGAUGUGACAGUUUCUCUGCGUCCGGAUAUGAUUUUCGGCUUGGCCAACGGCAACCUAGACGUGAACAUGGUUGCCCGUAUUGGCUUCAACGUGCAGGGCGCCAACCCUUCCAAGUCACACGAUCUAUUGGACCGCAUAUCUCCACGGCCGUCCAAAGUCAUGACUCCGAAGGAUUACACCUUCUCUCAGGAAGCCCUCCCUAAACCGACGACUGACAUCGUGGAGGUCAAGCGCAAUAUCAAGCAAUUCGGAUAUGGGUAUGAAUAUAGCAACUUGCAUCGACUGCUACUUCUCAAGGACGCCUUAGCGCCGGAGCAGGUUCAAAUUUUGAGACGGGCCAUUCUUGAACAAGCUGCCGGGGAGCGGAAGGCCGGCGUAGGUGACAUCGAAGGCGGAACCAAUCAACGGCUGUGGUGCGUCACAACGCCUCAAUCAACCCUUUCACCGCAUACGCUGAUGGUCAUCGCAAAUCAAAGGAAUGUUGUCAACAAGGGGGCUGAGUUUCUAGAUCUCUUGAACCACCCACUGUUUGACGAAUUGCUCGCCUGGUUUUUGGGAGAUUACUCGUACCUGUCUCAGGCUUCAGUCAAUAUCUUGGGACCCAACAACGUGCCGAUGCCCUUUCACCGCGACCAGGUUCCUAUAAAUCCUUUCACGGACGAUCCAGUUGGACUUAGUUUCAUGUUUUACAUGGAGGACUCCAGCAAGAUGAACGGGGCCACGCAUGUAAUUCCGGCUUCUCACAUCGGUCAUGAUGGAUCCAUCCCAGCAUCUGCCCCGGCCGGCACUUGCCUAGUCUUCAAUACUACGGUUUGGCAUUCAACUGGUGUUAAUACUACAAAUGCCGAAAGACCCGCUCUCAUCUACGCCUUUAACAGGUACUUCAUGGGUUCGGUUAUUAACCCGUACUUGAGCUUGCGAGGAGAUAUCUUGGGCAAAUUGACUGUGCGGCAAAAGCAAUUGCUUGGUUUUGUUGUGCGUCCGGCGUUCAACUGGGUUGGUAAAGCGAGAUCGGCGGGCGAGGCUGUGGAACAGACUGAGGACAUUGGUGAGAUGAGGGCAGCGUACGAACCGAUUGGUGGUAAGGCUACUGGUAUAGCCAGUAUCUCGGAGAGAUAG